AUGGACGUUGAGGCGUGUUCUGCUGCAGCCUCCGACAAAGACAAGGCUGUGAAGACUCACUUUAAGGUGACGAGGUUUAUUAUGGAGGCCGGUGUUAAGUUGGGAAUGCAGUCCAUCCCAAUAGCUACGGCUUGCACAAUCUAUCACAAGUUUUUCCAUGAGACCACGCUUGAUGAGUAUGACCCAUAUCUGGUGGCAAUGUCUGCCAUUUACCUGGCUGGGAAGGUGGAGGAGCAGCACCUUCGGACACGAGACAUCAUCAAUGUUUGUCAUAGGUAUUUGAACCCAGGGAGUGAUCCGCUAGAAGUAGACUCCAAGUUCUGGGAGCUCCGGGACAGCAUUGUGCAGUGUGAAUUGCUGGUACUGAGGCUGCUACAUUUUCGGGUCUCCUUUAACCAUCCGCACAAAUAUUUGCUGCAUUACCUGGUUUCGGUAAAGAACUGGAUGAAUCGGCACAGCUGGGAGCGCAAUCCCAUCGCUACAGCUUCCUGGGCUCUUCUCAGGGACAGCUAUCAUGGAGACAUUUGUCUGCGCUACGAGGCCCAGCAUAUCGCUGUAGCAGUGUUAUACUUUGCUCUCCAGUGCUAUGGGGUGGACGUCCCCGGCAAUGAGGGUGCCGAGAACCAGUGGUGGAAGGUAUUUAGUGAGGAUAUAACGAGAACAACCAUCAACAACAUCAUAUCUGAACUAAUAAACAUUUAUACCAUGGAUACCGAAAUACCUUGA